UUUAACUAUUUACAUAAAAUUUAUACUCCAGUUCAUUUUCCCAACUUUGUUUCUUGUCUCUAACUCUGUCACUCUUCACACAAAAUAUUCCUAUGAUCUUCCCCAUUUUUAAAUACUCCUUGAUUCCAACUUUCUCUCUCAUCAACCACUCUCUGUCUCUUUCAUUCUCUAUCUUAAAAUUGCUUAAAGUUUCUGAAUAUUCCACAUUUACCCCAUAUUUUUGCUUUGUUUGUUCAACUGCUUUACACAUACCCACAAGAGAAGUUACAGUCUUUUUAACACACAAUUAACAUAAAUUCUUAUCAAAAUUCAUUUUUUUUCAAAAUGCUCUACUAAGAAAGAGUAUUACCAUAAAUGGGUAUUUCUUGAAUUUCAUUAAUUUGAUCUCAUUGCAAGAAAGUUUUCAUCUUUGAGUGAAGUUGUUAACUACUUUUGCCAAAGUGGGUACUUAACUAAAUCCUUUAAAUCACCUCAAUAAAUGAUAUUGUAGCCUUUUUAAAUGAGUUUAUGAUGGAUCCAGAAAGCGGGUUUUAUGAAAAUCAAGUAAAGAAAAAAGAAUCAUGGAGGCAAGUUUUGAUCUUGGCUUAUCAAAGCUUAGGAGUUGUUUAUGGAGAUUUGAGUACAUCCCCACUUUAUGUUUAUAAAAGUACAUUUGCUGAAGAUAUUCAACAUUCUGAAAGCAAUGAUGAGAUUUUUGGGGUUUUAAGCUUUGUAUUUUGGACAUUAACAAUUGUUUCUUUGCUGAAAUAUGUGUUUAUAGUUCUUAAAGCUGAUGAUAAUGGUGAAGGGGGGACAUUUGCUCUGUAUUCUCUACUGUGUAGACACGCCCGAGUUAACUCACUACCUAAUUGUCAAUUGGUUGAUGAAGAAUUAUUUGAAUAUAAAAAAGAUGUUGUUCCAAUUGAAUCAGGAUUUGGGUCAAGAUUAAAAUCUAUUUUAGAAAAGUAUAGAGUUUUGCAGAAAUUAUUGCUUGUUUUAGCUUUACUUGGAACUUGUAUGGUGAUUGGAGAUGGUGUAUUAACUCCUGCUAUUUCUGUUUUUUCAGCUAUUUCUGGAUUGGAACUUUCAAUGUCACAUGAGCAUCACAAAUAUGUAGAAGUCCCGAUAGCAUGUCUCAUACUUAUCGGCUUGUUCGCGCUCCAGCAUUUCGGGACCCACCGAGUGGGAUUCUUGUUUGCACCCAUAGUUGUGACCUGGCUUUUCUGCAUAAGUGCCAUUGGGUUAUAUAAUAUCUUAUACUGGAACCCGCAAGUUUAUCAAGCACUCUCCCCUUAUUACAUGUACAAAUUUUUGAAGAAAACACAAGCUGGUGGUUGGAUGUCAUUAGGUGGAAUUUUGUUGUGUAUCACAGGUUCGGAGGCCAUGUUUGCUGAUCUUGGACACUUCUCUCAAUUAUCGAUAAAGAUUGCCUUUUCUUUUGUGGUGUAUCCUUCAUUGAUUCUUGCUUAUAUGGGGCAAGCUGCCUACCUAUCAAAACACCAUGUGAUGGCCUCUGGUUAUCGAAUCGGGUUCUACGUUUCUGUCCCAGAAAAACUGAGAUGGCCGGUGCUUGGAAUAGCUAUUCUAGCUGCUGUAGUCGGCAGUCAAGCCAUAAUAACCGGCACUUUUUCGAUCAUUAAGCAAUGUCAGGCGCUUGGAUGCUUCCCUCGAGUUAAAAUUGUGCAUACAUCUUCUAAGAUUCACGGGCAGAUUUAUAUCCCGGAGGUUAAUUGGAUAUUGAUGAUUUUAUGCUUGGCCGUCACAAUCGGUUUUAGGGACACAAAGCGUAUGGGAAAUGCAUCAGGUUUAGCUGUCAUUACGGUAAUGCUUGUUACGACAUGUCUUAUGUCACUUGUUAUUGUCCUAUGUUGGCGUAAAAGCGUUUUCAUAGCGCUUGCUUUUGUAAUAUUCUUUGGAGCCUUUGAAGCACUCUACUUCUCGGCAUCCCUAAUCAAAUUUCUUGAAGGAGCUUGGGUCCCUAUCGCCCUCUCGUUAAUCUUUAUGUUUAUAAUGUACGCUUGGCACUAUGGCACCCUCAAGAAGUACGAGUAUGACGUUCAAAACAAGGUGUCCAUCAAUUGGCUUCUUAGCUUAGGGCCGAGCUUAGGCAUUGUACGUGUCCGUGGCAUAGGAUUGAUCCACUCUGAGCUUGUGUCUGGGAUCCCGGCAAUUUUCUCACACUUUGUAACCAAUCUUCCGGCUUUCCACCAAGUCCUAGUUUUUCUAUGUGUCAAAUCAGUGCCCGUUCCACACGUAAAGCCCGAGGAGCGGUUCCUUGUAGGGCACAUUGGGCCGAAAGAAUACCGGCUUUAUAGAUGCAUUGUGCGAUAUGGAUACCGUGAUUUUCACAAAGACGACUUUGAGUUUGAGAAUGAUCUUGUUUGUAGCAUAGCGGAGUUCAUAAGGUCCGAGGGCACCAAAAUGAAUGGAAUAAAGGAUGAGUCGGACAAGGAAAGUAAUGAGAAAAUGACCGUUGUUGGAAGUCCCUCCACAUACGUCGAUGGGAUAAGGAUGCACGAAGACAUCGAACACAAUGAAGACUUACCAGGAACUUCCGAGCUGAAAGAGAUCCGAUCACCCAUCAUCACACCAAAGAAAAAGGUUCGGUUUUUAUUGCCCGAGUCCCCAAAAAUGGGGGAUGGGGCCAAGGAAGAACUUCAAGAUCUAAUGGAAGCAAGAGAAGCAGGAAUAGCAUAUAUAUUAGGACAUGCUCAUGUAAGAGCAAAGCAAGGUUCGAGUUGGAUUAAGAAGGUCGUGAUUAAUAUAGGUUACGAUUUCUUGAGAAGAAACUGCCGGGCACCUUCGUAUCCGCUUAGCGUUCCUCAUGUAUCAACAUUAGAGGUAGGAAUGAUCUGCCACAUCUAGUUACAUUGUACAUUUACAUGAUUUUGUAUACUUUGUAAAUGAUAUAGUUUUUGUUUUUGUAUAUGGAAUGGCCUCAAUGUUCACAUAAUUAUGAUUUCGAUUUUGAUUUUGAUUUCGAAAGCGACAUUUAUAAUAUUUAUUAGUAUUUGA